AUGCGACUUCAGCUGGGCGUCGCAUUCGGCUUCUGUAUUCCCCCUUUGAUUGUGCCCAGUUUAGCCGGUCUACUCGAACCCAAUGAUGGCCAAACAACUUUCUCGCCUACAACGGGCCCAACUUCUCUGAAUGAAAGCCUAUUCUCCCUUGUCCGCUGGCGGAUCCAGUUGAUGCUCUACGUUUGGGCCGUAUUCGUCAGUUUUCUCACUCUACUGGUCGGUCUGCGUGAGUACCUUUCGCAUACAUUUUGCCAGCCCUCCGUCUUUAGGGCGUCCAGAUAUCGCGAGGUUGUCAUAAUGACCGCUGACAGAUAUUCAGUGCAGUCGGUUAUGCACAUUUACUUAUACACAAUCAUGCAUUCAAUUCCCACAGACACAAAGACGAGCACAUACCCGGUCCUGGAAGCCUGA